AUGACCUCCGUCAUUCAGCGCCUGCGCCGCGUAGAGGUGGAAGGUCUCGAAAACCUGCGCAGCCUUGGCGGCUACCACACGAACAACAGCACCAAGACGACGAGGUGGGGCGUCGUGUACCGUAGUGAGCAGCUCUGCCGCGUUCCAGCGGACGUGGCGCAAAGGGUGCUGGUCGAUCAGCUGCACAUCCACCACGUGUACGACCUGCGUGAUAACACCGAAGUAUCGGCGAAGCGGUAUAGCCUGCUUCACAUGCAACGCACCUCUCUGCCGAUCGACAUGAGCAACGCCAAUCAGUUUUUGAAAGAAGGCGAGGACCUCAAGCAGGUGGCGACGGCGCACCGUUUCAUGCAGGAGAUUUACCGAGAUUUUGUGCGCUCGCACGAGCCAACAGUGGGACUCAUAAUCAAGGGCAUAAUCGACAACAAAGCAUCCUGCGACAACGCCUUUCUCAUCCAUUGCACUGCGGGUAAGGACCGCACGGGGUGGUGCUGCUACGUGCUGUUGACACUACUGGACGUGACGGAGGAGGAGAAGCGGGCCGACUACCUCCUCAUGAACACCUUCGCUGGUAUUCCACCGGACGCGUGGGACUACGAUGGCGCAGAAGGAAUGAGUGAGGAGGCGAUGACAGCCCUCUGGACUGUCUUUCACGAGUACCUCGACGCUGCACUUGAUGAGUUGAACAAGAUGGGCGGCAUCUACAAGUACGCGAAGUCACACAUGGGUCUCACCGAUGAGGACAUCGACAAGCUGCGAGAGCUGAUGCUAGAGUAG